ACAUGGAUGCAAAAAUGUGUAAAAAGGACCGGUAACCUCGAGCUUGAUUUAAAAAGAAAUCUCUAAAUAAGAGAGUUGGGGUUAUUAUGUUUGAAACAUUUCUUUUUCAUAAACGAGUAUAAACAGAGGGUGAGAAAACUUUUGAGCAGUUUUUCAUGGCGCUGUCGGAAAGUGAGAUUUUCAGUGGUGAUGUUAACUGUACACAUCCUGGGAAAGAAGAGGCGUCGGAAUACCAAAUGUCUCCAUGUGUCCCCGGACAAACUAAAACCCCCACUGCCCGGGUUUUAACUCAGGAGGAGCUGGGAAGACUGAGCGGUGAGCGGGCUUUGGUGUCUGACUUCAAACAGAUGAAGCUGGAGAAAGAAGCGCAGAAAAACUGGGACUUGUUUUAUAAAAGAAACACAACGAAUUUCUUCAAGGAUAGACACUGGACCACCAGGGAAUUUGAAGAGCUCAAGGCAUGCCGAGAGUUUGAGUGCCAGAAGUUGGUGCUGCUGGAGGCUGGCUGUGGUGUUGGAAACUGCAUCUUCCCACUGCUUAAAGAUGACCUCAACAUCUUUGUUUAUGCCUGUGACUUCUCACCACGGGCUGUUGAAUUUGUCAAACAAAACCCUCUGUACUGCCCUGAGCGCUGCUGUGCCUUUCAGUGUGAUUUAACUAAAGAUGACCUGAUGGAAAAUGUGCCACAGGGCAGCGUGGAUGUCAUCACUCUCAUCUUUGUCCUGUCAGCUGUCCAUCCAGACAAAAUGAAGCUGGUUUUGGAGAACAUCAACAGGGUGCUGAAGCCAGGAGGCAUUGUCCUGUUCAGGGACUACGGACUUUAUGACCAUGCCAUGCUCCGAUUUAAACCCGGAAGCAAGCUGGGAGAGAACUUCUAUGUGCGGCAAGAUGGAACUAGGUCCUACUUUUUCUCUAAAGAGUUCCUGACUGAGCUGUUUGAGAAGACGGGCUUCCACUGCAUCGCUAAUGACUAUGUUCUGAGAGAGACUGUCAACAAGAAGGAGGGACUUUGUGUUCCCAGAGUCUUCCUGCAGAGCAAAUUCAUGAAACCUGGCUAGUCAGAGACCUGGUGUGACCUGGCCUUUGUCAUCUCACAGAUCUACAGAGGUUUGGCAAAACAUAGCGCUGACAUGUCCGACGAAAACGGGAGUUAUUGCCAAAACUUUACCAGAAGGGAAAUUGAGACUUAUAUGGUGCAGGUUUUGAAUUCCUUCAGGUUAUUACCGGUGAGUAAGGUAACAGUACUUAGUCCUGCUAAUUACAUUUUAUGUGUGAGGAUUAAUAUUCUGGCCUUGAACUUUUUAACUGUCUUAAUGUUCUUCAGACAAUUUAAACAAGUGUCUUCCACUUAUUACUGAGUGUUUAGAAACAGAGAAGAAACAUGGAGAGAUGUGUCUUAACCUUUUAAGACUACCAGAAUCUCAAAAUCUAGGAUAUCCACACAUCCAAAACGUAAACAAGACAGAAAUGUUAUAGACCACAGUGCCUGGCCGUAUAUGACGACUAAUUAAGAAUAAUGUGUUUAUUUAAAAAAAAAAAAAAA